CGCGCACCGGCCCCGGUGGGGCUCGAGGCGGGUACGGCGGCCGGUGCGGGACAUGGCCCUGCCGGGGCUGCUGCUCGGGCUCGGCCCGGUGCUGCUCGGCGCCGCCGCCGCCUUCAACCUGGACCGCACCUUCCCGGUGCUCAAGGAGGGCCCCGGCGGAGCCCUGUUCGGCUUCUCGGUAGCGCUGCACCGGGAGACGGAGCGGCGGGAGCGGAGCCUGCUGCUGGUGGGGGCCCCCCAGGCCGCGGAGCCGGUGAACGGGACGCGGACGGGCGCCGUGUACGCCUGUCCCCUGAGUGCCACCACCCGCGACUGCCAGCGCCUGCCCAUCGAGCUCAAGGAUGAGCCGGAUAAGGCCAUCAUCGAGGACAUGUGGCUGGGGGUGACAGUGGCCAGCCAGCGGCAGCCCCCGGGGAGGGUCCUGGCCUGUGCCCACCGCUACACGCGGGUGCUGUGGUCGGGGGCCGAGGCCCAGCGCCGCAUGGUCGGCCGGUGCUACGUCCGCGGCAAUGACCUGCGCCUGGACCUGGGCGACGAGUGGCAGACGUACCACAACGAGAUGUGCAACGCCAACACCGACACCGACGAGACUGGCAUGUGCCAGAUGGGCACCAGCGCCGGCUUCAGUGCCAACAUCAUCUACUUCGGGGCGCCCGGUGCCUACAACUGGCAGGGCACCGAUUACAUGCUGCAGAGGGAGACGUGGGACCUGCACGACUUCUCCUACCCCAACACCAGGAACGGCAACACCUACAUAGGGUACACGGCCGAGGUGCGCAGCGCGGUGCUGCAGCGGGACGCGGUGACGCUGGUGACGGGCGCGCCGCGGUACCGGCACACGGGCGCCGUGCUGCUGCUGAGCCGCGGGGCCCGGCAGGCGCUGAACCGGAGCCUGCUGCUCCCGGGGCCGCAGGUCGGCUCCUACUUCGGCAGCGCCCUCGCCCUGGCCGACCUCAACAACGACGGGUGGCAGGACCUGGUGGUGGGCGCCCCCUACUACUUUGAGAGGAAGCAGGAGGUGGGGGGCGCCGUGUUCGUGUACAUGAAUGAGGCUGGGGGCUUCCAGCAGUUCCCCAGCCUGGUCCUCACCGGGCCCAGCUACUCCGGCUUUGGCUUUGCCCUGGCCAGCAUCGGGGACAUCAACCAGGAUGGCUUCCAGGAUAUCGCCGUGGGGGCUCCUUUUGAGGGGCCUGGCAAGAUUUACAUCUACCACAGCAGCGCCGAGGGGCUGCGGGACCGGCCCCGGCAGGUGAUCAGCGGGGCAGAGCUGGGCCCCACCAGGAUCAAAACCUUCGGGUACUCGCUGAGCGGGGGGCUGGACAUGGACGGGAAUUCCUACCCGGACCUGCUGGUGGGCAGCCUGAGCGAGAGAGUGGUCCUGCUCAGAGCCCGGCCUGUGAUCAACAUCCUGGACAAGACCUUCACGGUGACCCCCAGCAAGGUGGACCCUGCCCAGUGCACGCCCAAGUCCUGCAUGACGGUGACCCUGUGCUUCUCCUACAACCAGAGCGCGGGGGACCCCAACUACAGCGAGAGGAUCACCCUGCAGUACACGCUGGAGGCUGACAAGGACCGGCACCCGCCCAGGGUCAGGUUCUCUGGGUCCCAAUCUGCCACCUACACCGGGGACUUCUCCAUGCCCGACACCCGCUGCCAGACCCAGGAGCUCCUGCUGCUGGACAAUGUGCGGGACAAGCUGCACCCCAUCGUGCUCUCCAUGAACUACUCCCUGCUGGAGAGGCCCAGAACCUUCCAGCUGGGCCCCCACUCCCUGGACGCCUUCCCCGUGCUCAACCAGGACCAGUCCCAUGAGAACGAGACCAAGAUCGAGUUCCAGAAGGAAUGUGGCUCCGACAACCAAUGCUACAGCAACCUCCAGCUGCGGAGCAGCUUCGUCACCGAGCAGAACCAGCCUCUGCCCAGGGUGAACGGCACCCAGGUGCUGCAGUACAGCCGGGACGUGCGCAAGCUGCACCUGAGCAUCAACAUCACCAACGUGCCCUCGGCGCCCUGGAACGGCGAGGACGCGCACGAGGCCCUGCUGAACGUCACCGUGCCCCCCAGCCUGCUGCCCUCCUCCGUGCGCCCGAGCGGAGCCUGCACCUUUGGGGACACGGUGCUGUGCGAGCUGGGAAACCCCUUCAAGAGGAACCAGAGGGCAGAGCUGACCAUCACCUUCGAGGCCAUCGGGAUCAUGCUGGACACGCGGGAGGUGGAGGUGUGGCUGGACCUGUCCACGCAGAGCACGCAGGGGGAUCUGCAGCCCGUGCUGGCCAAGCUGCUGGUGGAUUACAGCAUCCAGUCCUCGCUGAGCAUAGCCUCGUCCCACAUCCAGUCCUACUUCAGCGGGACCGUGGUGGGCGAGUCGGCCAUGAAACAGGAGCAGGACGUGGGCAGCCCCCUCACCUUCGACUUCCAGGUGACCACCAAAGGCGAGUCCCUGGGCACGCUGGGCACCAUCCUGCUGGGCUUCGAGUGGCCCUACGAGAUCCCCAACGGCAAAUGGCUCCUGUACCCCACCGAGAUCCUGGUGAACGGCAACGACACGUGUCACCCUCCCGGGGGGCUCCUCAACCCCCUCAACCUCACCCUCCUGCAGGACCAGGCUCCUGCCCCGCCGCCGCCGCAAGAAGCUCUGGGUGACCAAGUGGCAGGAGCCGGACAAGUACUACUGACCCCCUGUCCCCUCCCGGCCCCUGCCAGGGGGGCUCUGACUUUGCACAAGCGCAUCCAUCCCUGCCUGCCCCUACCCCUGUCCCGAGCCUCGGACGCGGCCGCCGCCGCGCUUGGCUCCCGCAGCCCCUCCCGGUUCUCCCAGGGGGUUCCGGGUCUCCCGGGGGGCUCUUGCACGCCCGUGCCUUGCACGCUUGUGGGGGGCGACCCCCCAAAUGUGCCCCCCCCCGCUGUAAGUGCUGCUGGCCUCACCGAGUGCCUUCCCCCGCCUCGCAGACACUCCGCUCGCCACCUCCCUGUCCCUUUGUCCCUUGUCCCCAAACUCCCUGGGACACGUCCCGGCCCAUGGGGACACCUCCCUGCAGGCCGGGACACGCUCGGCACUGGGUGCGGGACCCCUCUGCUUUAUUCGGGGUGGGCUGGGGGAGCUCAUUGCCUCCUGCAACCCCUCCUCACCCUAAACCCCUCGGGGGUCUCCCCCUUCAAACCUCAGACACCACGGAUGUCUCCCCAUCCUCACCCCAAACCCCACCGGGAUCUCCCCCUCCUCACCCCAAACCCCACGGGGGUCCCCCCCUCAAACCCCGCGGGGGUCUCCCCUCCCCUGCCGACCCCAGACCCCUCCUGCUGUUCUCGCAGCUUUGCCUUUUGAGGGGUGGGGGGGGUGCAGCGCUUCAGGCCGUGUCCCCCCCAUCCCAUCCCCGCCCCGGGGGUCGCUGUCCCGCCCCGCGGGGUUAAAUUAUUCCGUGUUUCGGUGUCGAGUCCCGGCGCCCGGUCGGUACCGGGGUUGGCUGGGGAGGGGGUCCUGCGCCCCCAGCCGGCCCCCAAACACCCCCUCCCUUCCUCGCCGGGGCCCAAUAAAGGCUCGCUCUGGGAUUUGUAA